CUGGCACUGAAUCCAGCUGAAUCAAUGUGAGCAGGGCUGCAGCAUUUUUGAAGGUCUUUCCGGCUUUCUUCUUUUGCUUGGAGGUGAUUGGAGGGGCUCACAUUUCAGCGUUAACUUGUGAGGAGCAUUGUCAGGAUGGGCAAUUGUGCUUGCCUCCCGGGCAAUAAGCACAGGUCUACGGCGCUGGGACCGGUUCCAAAAGCGGUCAGUGAACUCUUUCAGGCGCUGUCACAGGGGAAGGCUACUCUGACUGAAGAAGUCGUGCGGACUUACCUAAAGGCACAGGGGGUUGUUUCUUCUGAAACAGAAGUUCACCACCUCAUUGCCAGUUGCAAGCAAGCAGUGUCAAACCGACGAACGUCUGGCGCCUCCGAAGCGGGCCCUCUUGAUAUCGACCUAGACGAAUUUCUGGCACUCCUACAAGACACCGAUGUCAAUGCUCUCCAUGAGGUUGGGAAGGUCACCCAUGACAUGAGCCUGCCUCUCUCCCAUUACUAUAUUUACACUGGACACAACUCGUAUCUGUCUGGAAACCAGCUGAACAGCGACAGCAGUGCCGUCCCCAUCAUCGAUGCCUUGAAACGUGGGUGUAGAGUUAUCGAGCUUGACUGCUGGCCGGAUGGAGACGACCAGAUCAAAGUGGUGCACGGCAUGACGCUGUGCAAGCCCGCUCCAGUUUUGGAGCUGCUCCACGCCAUCAAAGAGUACGCCUUUGUGGCGUCGGACUUCCCGCUGAUGCUGACGAUCGAGAACCACCUGCCGGUGCCGCUGCAGAAUCUGCUCGCCCAGCAUUUCAAAGACAUCUUUGGCGAGCAAUUGUUCACGAAGACGAGCGACGGCCCCCUCCUGUCGCCAAACGACCUCAAGCGACGGUUUCUCAUCUCCACCAAGUCGACGAAAGAGACGGCGGAAGGCGUCAAAGGGGCCAAGAAGCCGCCCCCGGAUCUCACCCCCGUGGCGGAGGGAGGGAUCCCGGCAGAAGAACCGGAAGACGACAUAAAGCGGACGGGGCAAGGACCAGAGGCAGCGUCCAACGGACACGAAACCGCUGGGAGCAAUCCAGGAUCCAAGCGGCCCUCUCUUGCCGAGGUCGACGCCGAGGCCGUCGUUGCUGACGUGGCAACCCCGAGCGACGCCGCUGAGUUCGACAAGAGCCUCUCAUCGCUUAUCUACAUCCCCACUUUAAAAAGCAAGCUCGUGGGCACGCCGGCGAGUGAGCGGAAGGCGAUACGCGCCAGCUUCAGCGAGCCGCAGUUCGACGAAGUGGCGGAAAAGGACCCCCUUGUCCUGACCAAGUUCUCCCAGCACAACAUGGUUCGGGUGUACCCUUACGGCCUCCGCUUCGAUUCAUCGAACCUGGACCCUGUCAAGGUGUGGUGCCACGGGGGCCAGCUGGCAGCCAUGAACAUGCAGGGAUACGGCCGUAAUCUGUGGCUCGCCCACGGUUUCUUUCUUGCAAACGGGGGGUGCGGUUACGUCCGGAAACCAGAGUUCUUCUACCCCCCUUCCACUGAAAUUGCCGCUAACGGCACUCCAGUGGAAGCUGUCUUCAAUCCUAGGCAAACUACGCCCGUGAGAACAACGCUAAAGAUUCGAAUCCUCUGGGGAUGCGAUACGCAUAAGCGCUUCGACGCCAUGAGCCUGCCGGACUUCUUUGUGCGGGUUGCGGUGUGCGGCGUCCCGGUGGACACCAAAAAGUCCCACACGAAGGUGCACCGCAACACGAACCACCCGAUCUGGGAGAACGAGCUGUUUGAGUUCCCGUUGACGGCCCCCGAAUUAGCGAUCCUUGCCCUCGAGGUCCGUGAAUCGGACACGUUGCAGCGCGACGACUUUGCUUGUCAAGUUUGCAUACCCGUCGCUGAGAUGCGUACGGGGAUCCGUUCUGUAGCGAUGAAGGAUGCGAAAGGCAACGUCAUCCCUGAUGGCCAGGCGAAGUUGUUGGUCCACGUAGAGCUCUCCGCUUAGUAACCCUCAGUAGCUUUCUUGAUUAUCACUUUCCUGAGACUUGAGCUAUGUCUGCUUAUUAUUUUACUAUAAGUCUUGACACGAAGCAAGUCCGGAAAGCGGAUGAGAGACCUUCAGUCUAUCUACGUACAAGACUUGGCAGGAAAUGGCUCGGUUUGAUCUAAAUGAGGGUUGACAUUGUCUAGCGAACAGCCUAACGCAAGAGAUCAAGUAAACAGGUUCAGCAGCCAGAUUAGAAGUCAAACGUGUGCUCAUGAUCUCAGAAAGCGCGCACAACUGAAUUGUUUAAAGGGCCGUUCCUCACUUGGCGACCAUUGUGAGACGUCUGGUGAAAGGCCCGUUGCCACAUUUAUUCAGCUUUCGAUUGAUUGCAGCUUUUCCGGCA